CGCAGGAGAUGUCCCAGCCCCAGCAGCCGCCGCCGCCGCCGCCGCCGUCUCCUCAGCAGCAGGCGCAGGCGCCGGCGCCGGGCGGCGGCAAGAAGCGGGAGCGGCGCAUCUUCUCGGGCACCUGCCCCGAGCCCAAAUGCCAGGCGCGGCUGUUCUUCCCGGCCGUCGGGCCGCAGGGCGGCGGCAGCAUCGAGUGCACGGACUGCGGGCGGCGCCACGAGCAGCGGCAGCUGCUGGCCGUGGAGGAGGUGACGGACCCCGACGUGGUGCUGCACAACCUGCUGCGGAACGCCCUGCUGGGCGUCAGCCCGCCCCGCAGGAGCACGGAGCUCGUCAAAGUCAUGGGGCUCUCCAACUACCACUGCAAGCUGCUGGCCCCCAUCCUGGCCCGCUACGGCAUGGACAAGCAGACGGGCAAAGCCAAGCUCCUGACGGAGAUGAACCAGGGGGACAUCUUUGACUGCUCCCUGCUGGGCGACCGCGCCUUCCUCAUCGAGCCGGAGCACGUGGAAACCAUCGGCUACGGCAAGGACCGCUCGGGCAGCCUCGUCUACCUGCACGACACUCUGGAGGACAUCAAGAAGGCCAACAACAGCCAGGAGUGCCUCAUCCCUGUCCACGUGGACGGGGACGGCCACUGCCUGGUCCACGCGGUCUCGCGGGCGCUCGUUGGCCGGGAGCUGUUCUGGCACGCGCUGCGGGAGAACCUGAAGAAGCACUUUGAGGAGAACCUGAGCCACUACAAGGCGCUUUUCCACGAUUUUAUCGACGCGGCCGAGUGGGAGGACAUCAUCAAUGAGUGCGACCCCUUGUUUGUUCCCCCAGAAGGCGUGCCGAUGGGCCUCAGGAACAUCCACAUCUUCGGCCUGGCCAACGUGCUUCACCGCCCUAUCAUCCUGUUAGACUCCCUGAGCGGAAUGCGAAGCUCCGGGGAUUAUUCGGCAACAUUCCUCCCUGGCCUGGUACCCCUGGAGAAGUGCAUGGGAAAAGACGGCAUGUUGAACAAGCCGAUCUGCAUUGCGUGGAGCAGUUCAGGGCGUAACCAUUACAUCCCUCUAGUUGGAAUAAAAGGUGCUGCUUUACCUAAACUGCCUAGGAAGCUCCUUCCCAAAGCCUGGGGAGUUCCUCAAGACCUCAUCAAAAAGUACAUCAAGUUAGAGGAGGAUGGCGGCUGCGUUAUUGGAGGAGACAGAAGCCUGCAAGAUAAGUACUUGAUGAGGCUCGUUGCUGCCAUGGAGGAGGUUUUCAUGAGUAAACACGGUAUUCAUCCCAGUCUUGUCGCUGACGUGCAUCAGUAUUUCUACAGAAGGACUGGUGUCAUAGGAGUCCAGCCCGAAGAAGUCACCGCAGCUGCCAAAAAAGCGGUGACGGACAACCGCCUUCACAGGUGCCUCAUCUGCGGGGCCCUUUCAGAGCACCACGUGCCUCCAGAGUGGCUGGCGCCGGGCGGGAAGUUGUACAACCUGGCGAAAAGCACCCACGGUCAGCUCAGGCCUGACAAAAACUACAGCUUUCCCCUCAACAGCUUGGUGUGUUCUUACAACCCUGCGAAGGACGUGCUGGUGCCCGACUACAGCCUGAGCAGCCUGACUGCUUGCAACUGGUGUCACGGCAACUUGGUGCGCCGUGUCAGAGAAGAUGGGUCCGUGUCGUAUCUGGAUGGGGACAGAACUAACACCAGGUCCACGGGUGGCAAAUGUGGCUGCGGAUUCAAGCACUACUGGGAAGGUAAAGAAUAUGACAAUCUGCCCGAAGCAUUCCCUAUUACUCUGGAGUGGGGUGGAAGAGUGGUGAGAGAGACGGUCUAUUGGUUCCAGUACGAAAGCGACGCCUCUCUGAACAGCAACGUGUACGAUGUUGCCAUGAAGCUUGUUACCAAGCACUUCCCCGGGGAGUUUGGUAGCGAGAUUCUUGUUCAGAAAGUUGUCAACACGAUAUUGCAUCAAACUGCCAAAAAGAACCCCGAUGAUUACACCCCUGUAAAUAUCGAUGGUGCUCACGCCCAGAGAGCUGACGAGGUGCAGCAAGGACAAGAGGCAGAGGCACAACUUCCCACCAAAAUUAUUUUGACUGGACAGAAGACAAAAACUUUGCACAAGGAGGAGCUAAAUAUGAGCAAAACUGAAAGAACUAUUCAGCAGAACAUUGCAGACCAGGCUUCCAUGAUGCAGAAACGGAAAAGCGAAAAAUUAAAACAAGAGCAUAAAGGGCAACCUAGGACUGUUUCCCCGGGGGCUGUUCGUGAGGGGCCGUCCUCUGCACCUGCUACGCCGACAAAAGCCCCAUACUCACCUACAUCAACAAAAGAGAAGAAAAUCCGAAUAACGACCAAUGAUGGGAGGCAGUCGAUGCUUACCCUGAAGUGCACCACCACUUUCUUGGAACUGCAGGAGAGCAUAGCUAGAGAAUUCAAUAUUCCUCCGUACUUGCAGUGCAUUCGCUAUGGUUUUCCUCCUAAAGAGCUGCUGCCUCCCAAAGAAGGCAUGGAGAACGAACCCGUGCCUCUGCAGCACGGUGACAGAAUUGCCAUAGAGAUCCUGAAAGGUAAGGAGGAAAGCAGCCAGCCUGCUGCAGCACACUCAGCCCAUGCCGUGAAGCACGAAGACGUCACUGUGACUAGUAAAAUCUCACCGAAGGAGCUGCAAGAGCAGGUUGAUAAGGAGAUGUACUCUCUGUGUCUUCUAGCAACACUAAUGGGAGAAGAUGUUUGGUCUUAUGCAAAGGGGCUUCCUCAGUUGUUUCAGCAGGGUGGAGUAUUCUACAGCAUAAUGAAGAAAACCACAGGUUUGGCUGAUGGCAAACACUGUACUUUUCCGCAUCUGCCUGGUAAAAACUUUGUGUACAAUGCAGCAGAAGAUCGAUUAGAGCUGUGUGUGGAUGCUGCUGGGCACUUUCCCAUCGGUCCUGAUGUUGAAGACUUAGUUAAAGAGGCCUUAAGUCAAGUGCGUGCCGAAGCUACUUCGAGGAGCAGGGAAGCAAGCCCUUCGCAUGGAAUGCUGAAGCUGGGUAGUGGUGGAGUAGUGAAAAAGAAAUCUGAACAACUGCAUAACAUAACUGCAUUUCAAGGCAAGGGCCAUUCCCUAGGAACUGCAUCUAGUAGUCAACAACAUGAUCAAAGAGCCAGGGAAACACCACUCUUAAGAAAGCAUAGCACAGAAACGGACUUCAGUCCUGCUAAAAUUGAGCCUUCUGCAUUCACAGCUGCUUCUGGUAACAGUGAGCUUAUCCGGAUAGCUCCUGGAGUUGUGACGAUGAGAGACAGCAGGCAGCUUGACCCUACUUUGAUUGAGGCACAGAGAAAAAAGUUGCAGGAGAUGGUCUCUUCCAUUCAGGCUUCAAUGGAUAGACAUCUGCGGGAUCAGAGUACAGAGCAGUCAGCAUCAGUUGAUGUCUCUCAAAGAAAAGUAGAGGCAGUGAGUUCAACUGCUAAAACUGGGAGCUUCCAGGCUGGCUUACCCGAGUCGUUUUCUGCACCAGGUGGUACUGAACACUUGAAUACUGAAUCAACUGAUGGUAACAUGGUGAAUUCUGUGGGAGCAACUUUCCCUGCGAGGUCUAAAGCACAAAAGGGAAAUUCUGUUGAGGAGCUUGAGGAGAUGGAUAGUCAAGAUGCAGGAAUUACUAAUGUUACUGAGCCAAUGGAUCACUCUUGAUAGGUUAAAAUCUAAUAAGGGUAGAAUAAAUUACUGUUCAAAUGUAAUGUUUAUUGGCUGGGCCACACAAAGUGAUUAGUUAUUAAAUCUUGUAUGUAUGUCAAAGAUUAUAUCAUCUUAUUCAGUGCAUGAUAAGCAAGUGUGUGAUUGGCAAUAGCUUUUAAUAUUACCAUACUGCUACCCAGGCUGGCUCUGUUACCUGUAAAUUAGUUAUUAGGAAAUGCACUGAGAUGAAUAUCUGCUGUAAUGUGGGUUACUGAAAGUUCUUUGUAAUUUUUAAUUCUGUAUAAGUCUUAAAAUUUAAGCCCAUGCAAGGUUCUUACCACACUAGUUUAAGGUUACUGGAAAGGCUAAACCAGGCAAAACUAGAAACUUGACAAGGUUAAUCCUGUCCCAGGUACUUAGUUCCACUCAAAAAUACACCAUAAACACGAGCUACACAUAAACUUCAAAAAAACAACUGAAACUGAACUUGUGCUAAAUUUUACAACAUGGCAUAAACAGUACUUUAAUUACUCUGGCACUUCCUCAGAUUUAAUUUUUUUCAUUCAUACAGCUGUAUACGCUUGUCAGAAAUCUUGGAAUAAGUGGCUGUAGUAAACUCUCUAAUUUCUGCGUAUUGUCAGUUUGAGCAAGUUAGAAAAAAAGUGUACGAUGAAGAUAAAGUGAAUGUGGUGUGGUUAUGCAUGGCUGUCUGAGCCAACACAACCAUUUUGGUGCUCUGUUAGUGAGUGAUAGUGUGUUUAUAUUUCCUCCCAAAUAUUGAGCUGGUUCAGAUGUUGUGCAACUUUAAAUACAACUACAGGAGAGAAGAAGUUGGCAAUUGUAAGGAAUAGCAAAUGCUCAUUAGCAAAUCCAUUUCUCUUAAAAAGCUUUGAUUACUAGUAUUGGUCAGUAAUGGCAAAAAAAAAAAAAGGGGGGCAAAUACUAGCUGUCCUCAGAGCAAAUUAGCAUUUUAUUGGAAGGAAACAACUCUCUAACCUAAAUUCUCCUCAAGUGUUCAGUAAUAAUCGAGCUUUUGGAAGCUCCCUGUUUCCUGCAUGCUGUUUCAUUGUGCGUAAAGUCUGCAAGACUGCCCACCUCUCUUAGCUUCCCUUCAGUUCGUGAUGCAGGGAAAGCUGCAUCAGUGCUAAUGCAGCUGGUAUCCACUUACGUAGCGUGUUCAUCAGAGCUGCAGUGCUAGUUUUUAAGAAGGAGCUGUUGUUCUUGCUCCCCGAGGAUGGAAUGUUUAUCUGAUACUGCACUUUGCUUCCUAUCUUCUUAGUCAGGUCUAAGUGCACUAUUGUUGCUUCCUCUAAUGGCAAAAUAACCUGGAGUGGAUGAAAGAUGUUAAUACAGCUUCAAAGGAAUUAAGAGCAUUUAAAUAUUGAAGUCAGUGUUUGUGCACACGUGGGUUUUUACCAGUUCACAAAUGUUGUUUGUAUUGUGUAUGUUUGUAUUCAGAGAAGUCUCCACUUUUUACAUUUCUAAUCACUUAAACAGUUCUAAGCGUUAGUACGAGAAAAUGUCCCAUGGGGGAGGAUUUAUUUUUGUAUGUAAAAACUAACUGAAGCAAAUCACUUAAAGAAUAAGCCCUCAUUUUGUCAAAGUAAACUUCAGUUCCUCUGUUGGUUAACGUCUUAUGCAGAAGGAAUAAACCUUUAAUGAUUUAGUCCACUGCUUAUAGGUAAAAUGUAAGAAUCACCCUUUCACAAAUAAAAAUUUUAAGAUCUCAAAUUGCAAACCUGUGAGUUAGGACUUGGCAGCUUGGAGCGCAUGAAGUAAUUUGGCACACCAGAACUGACCUUGCUGAUGCAUUGAUUAACUGGCAGGGCUUAUUCAGUGAGAAACAGGAUGCACAUGCAGCAGCUGGAAGCCUGCCACGACUUCUGAAAACAUUUAGUCUCCCAUGAAUCAGUCUGGCUGUCUGAAGGCUACUUCUAUAUGUAAAAUGUUGAGGAUUGUGCUUUGUCACAGCGUGAGGUUUAGGGAAGUAGAGCAGGGGUGUGUUCCUGGGAAGGAGCUCAGGUGAGGAGAGGCUAAGGGGGAGGCAUCGCCUGGAUCUCUUGCAUUCUAGAUAAGAUAGCUAUCACUUAGACAUUUUUAACAUUUCCUUUAGAAAAGUCUUCCUUGGCUGGAAAAACUGUACACGAGAGAAUUUUAAUUUUGAAAUAAAUUGAAAUAUUUAUUGCACAUCAUCCUUACUCCAAGGAAAGACGCUUACUUUGAUGCCUUUGUGGUAAGAGUGCGGAAGUUUGUGUGCCUUUGACUGUGUAAAGAGGAAGGCUUGGUUUGAUUUUGACACACUUCCUAUUUCAGCAGUAAUUUGACAUUUUCCUUUCUUAAAUAAAUAGAAGUAGGCACGGAUAAUAGCUCGCUUUUGCUCACCCUUAGCGUCUUUCUGGGAUCCACUCACAGCAUGCAGAUCAGAAGUCUCCAAAACAUGGUCUCAGACGGUGUCAAAAUCACAAGAUGAUCUGAUGUGAGCUCCUCUGGUCUGACGUAGGGUGGUGCUUAUUUUUGGUGCAGCGUUCUUCUUUCACGUGGCUUUCUCAUGCAUGUAAAUACCAGCGUUUCUGAGAAAGAUGGCUUUCGGUACUCUCAAGGAAGGCUAAGCUGCACCUAUGUGUUGGCACGAUGUGUGACUGUACAGGAGAAGUGAAAUAAAGAACACCCAAGUGGAAGUUUGAACAGAUGUUUCGUCUGAUUGCUAGCAGUGGAUGCAGUUGUAAGUUGAGGUAAAUCAGCGUGCCUGUCGUGAGCACCCGUGUGCCUGUCAGGUUGCCCUCUUAGGCAGGAAGGUGGCAGGGGGGUACAAGGGCAGGGAAAGCUCAUUGUGGGUGUGAGCCCCGUGAACAGGACAUCUCAGUGCAGAGAGUGCACCUUUCUCACAAACAACAGAAAACAACCAGCUCAACUUCUUGCCACUGAAUUGCCUCUGGAGUUAGGCUGGGCUGCUGAGUUCCUUCUGAGCACCUGCCUUCAUUGCUUCCUUGUCUAGGGGCCAGCCACCUUCUAACACAGCGCCUCGUGACAAAGACGACUCAAAUUACUUGAAAGUCGUAAACUUGACUGUGGCUUUGGAGGUGUAACCUAAGUGAGGGGUGAUUACUGAAGAGUACAGGCCCGGUACCAAAAGAAAAAAAGAGCUAGAUUCUUGAUGAGCAUAUGGGAAGCCUCAGGAGAACAGAUCCAUUUUCCAGGCAAAUGCAAGGUUUUUACUACUAAAAUGUUUGGCUGGUUGGUAAGGUUGACUUCUUGAUACUGCUGUUGGCCUGAGAGUUGGCUGAAUUUCGGUGAGGGGAAAAGAGGUUUUUCAAAUGAAGUAAUGUAAAUGUAUUUCGGGCGUGUUCACUGUUACAGACACAAAAGAGCAAUGUGUGUUGUUGGCUUUGUGAAUCCCAUGUAGUUUACUGGUCUUCUCGGUACAGAAUAAGAACAAGACAUAGUCUGUGACACAAGACUCGCAGCUUCACGGGGGCACCGUGCCAUGAGGCCAUGUGCUAACAACCCUGUACCCCAGGCAUACUUUCCAAACCAGAAUGCACGACUGAAAAUCUUUGAAGAAGUAGAAUCCAUUGUUGCUGUAACCAGGUUAGCAGGGUUGCUUGCUGCUUUCUCAGUUUCUCGUGAAAACAUCAGCUAAUAAAAUUCCUAGUGUGCUUACAACUGAAAGAGCUACGUUCGAGCUGAAAUGUAAUGAGUGAAAAGCGAAUGAUUUAACAAGAUGCCACUGUUACCUCUAUGUUUGUUUGGCUCCUGUUUUUCAAAUAGCAUUUAAACGCUUUUGUAAAAUAAUAACAUGAAGUUGAUCCUUCCGUUUAAAAAAUCAGACAGUGAGUGGUUUCUUUGUUUUGCUUGUGAAUAUCAGUUUAGCUUCUUAAAAUUGACUAAGUUGCUUAAGAUCUUUUGAAUGCAGGAUUCCCUCUGAGCCCUUACGCCUGCGGUUGAGCAAUAAAAGGUUGAACUGAGUGGUAUUUCCAGAAUUAUUUUACGUUUAAUGAGGAUUAUUGCCAAGAAAUGAAAGUGCACUUUUAGGAGGGAAUGCUAUUUAAAAAAAAAUGUAUAAAUAAGAAUUAAUAGUGUAUAUAUUUAGCAAACAAAUCUUUUUAAACAGUAAGUGCUUUACAUGUUGACUGAAAAAGAAACUAGCAUAGAAAUUAUACCAUCUUCGCAGCACUGGCUGUUACCCAGCACACUUUGGUUUGUUUUAUUUGUGAUUGCUGUACUAAUUAUAUUUGAUUUUUUUAUCUGUAAUGUAACAAUAGUGUAUUAUAACAGUAUAUAGUGUACUAUACUACACUUCACUGUACAGUAUUUGAAAUUUUCUUUGAUUGCUAUAUUAAAACUAUAAGUUAAAACAUUUGCUUUGGCUUUAUAAGGUGCAACUUUUAUCUAGCCUUUCACACGUGAGCCUACUUAAUUAACAUUGAUUUGGCU